AUGUCUGAACGAAAAGUCUUGACGAAAUACUACCCCCCCGACUUCGACCCGUCGGCGAUAACCCGCACGCCGAAGCACCUCCGCUCUUCAGGCCCCAAGGUAAUAACCGUGCGCCUAAUGGCCCCCUUCAGCAUGAAAUGCACCCAAUGCGGCGAAUACAUCUAUAAGGGCCGAAAAUUCAACGCGCGUAAGGAAACAACGGAGGAGAAAUACUUCUCGAUUCCGAUUUACCGCUUCUACAUCAGAUGUACGCGAUGCAGCGGGGAGAUCACGUUCCUUACGGAUCCGAAGAAUAUGGACUACAGGGCAGAGAAGGGAGCGAAGAGGAACUUCGAGCCCUGGCGGGACUCGAAAGCGGAUAAUCAUGAGGAGACCGAGCAGGAGGUUUUGGAUCGCUUAGAGAGGGAGGAGAACGAAGAGCAGGAGCAGCUUGAGCGAGAUAAAAUGGCAGAGUUGGAGGAGAAGAUGCUGGAUUCGAAAAGGGAGAUGGCAAUUGCGGAUGCAUUGGACGAGAUCAGGACGAGAAAUGCGAGAAUUGAGCGGAGUGAGGCACUGGGUGACGAAGCGGCGCUUGCGCAUGUACAGGAACAGGUGGACGAGGCGGCGUUGAAGGCUCAGAGGGAGGAUGAAGAAGCUGCGCGGAAGGCGUUUAUGACGACGACGGGAGAGAAGGUGAAGAGAUUGGUGGAGGACGAGUCGACGCCGGAGCAGGCAACAAUAUCAGCGCCACCUCCAUCCUUCACACGGGUCAAGAAGGCGAAGAAGCCUCUGGCUAAUACCCUAGGUAUCAAGAAGAAGCCCAAGCCUUCGUUGGUAUGACAUGUAUGAUUUCUUUACGUUUUGU